AGUGACUGCGGCCCACACGUGUUUGUAUCACUGAGCGACUGAGGCCCACACCUUCCAGUACUUAAAGCCUGGCCGAAAGACUGCCAACAUAUCUUUCUUGGAAUUGAGGGUAGCGUCGACCUGUCUUCCAUCGGCGUAUUGAGUUCAGAUACUCUGUUCAUCGGCCUUCCUCCACCACACUGUGCACGUAGGUGCGAAUCAACAGCCUCAAUUUCAGGCAAAGAAAUUUUCGAAAUGGCAAACGCCCGCUCUGCAAAAGAUGUCAUUGCUGCCCUGAACCUCAAGCCACACCCGGAAAAGGGCUACUUCAUCGAGACAUUUCGGGAUCCUCAUCUGUCAUCAGAUAACCGGUCCCCCGGUACCUGCAUCUACUACCUCCUUGAGGGCGAGUCAGGACUCUCUCACUGGCAUCGAGUUCUAGAUGCUACCGAGGUCUGGCACUACUAUGCGGGUGCUCCGUUGAAGCUUUCUCUUUCCUGGGAUGACGGGACGCCCCUGAAGGACAUUGUUCUGGGGAACGACCUGUGGGAUGGACAAAGACCUCAGGCUAUCGUCGAAUUGGGACAGUGGCAGCACGCAAAGAGUCUGGGGGAGUGGACGCUGGUGGGAUGCACCGUCUCCCCGGCCUUCACAAUGGAGUCAUUCGAGAUGGCCAAGGAAGGCUGGGAGCCCCGCGGGGCAGCGGGCGCCUGAUGCAAGUAAGCAACCAACGCCUGCAUGAAACACAAAUACUUCCUGUUGGCUGCUGGCUGUUGGGUGGGGAGGAAACAACGCGGGUUUCCACUCCAGAAAUGGUAUUUCACAAUGCAUGCCAAGUUCCAAAAUUGUACAGACUCGUGGGCCGAUCAUCUUGUUUUGGUGCAGUUCCGUUUCGUUGUGCGAAUCAAUGAUGACUUGGCCUGCUCAUUGAAUGAGUACGACUUGUCACAUUAUGUGGCUGCUGAGUAACUGCUGCAUGUGUGCGACCUUUAGGUGGGUGGCCAUGCACUACGCUCCACAUCAUACUGCAUACGUCGAAGCCUUAUCCGCCUCUGUGGUUGCGAGAUCCGCGGCGGAUAUUACCUGAAUUUCC